GUUGUGCAGCACAACCCAAGAACAUGGCUUCAAAGUUUUUAUGCUUCACCCUCCUCUUCAUCAACAUCUGCACAGCAGAUGGAUAUGAACUUUACUCUUCAACUCGCUGCCUGUUUAACUCCACUGAGCUGAAGGACAUCGAGUUUAUCAGAUCUUACUAUUACAACAGAAUGGAGUUAAUCAGGUUUGACAGUGAUGUGGGAAAGUAUGUUGGAUACACUGAGUUUGGUGUGAAGAAUGCAGAGAUGUGGAACAAUGAUCCUGGACAGCUCGCUGCAAUGAGAGCUCAGAAGGAGACGUACUGCCAAUACAACAUUGGGAUCUGGUACGCAAAUGUUCUUUCUAAGUCAGUGAAACCAUCAGUCAGACUUCACUCCACGAUGGCUCCUGGUUGUCACCAUCCUGCCAUGUUGGUUUGCAGCGUUUAUGACUUCUACCCCAAAUGGAUCAAAGUGAGCUGGGUGAGAAAUGGACAGGAAAUAACCUCUGACAUCACUUCCACUGAAGAGUUUGCAAAUGGUGAUUGGCUCUACCAGGUCCACUCCCACUUGGAGUACAUGCCCAGGUCUGGAGAGAAGAUCUCCUGUGUGGUGGAGCACGCCAGCCUGGAGAAACCACUGAUUAUUAACUGGGUCCCUCCCAUGCCUGAAACAGAGAGACUGAUCAUCGUUGGAGCCGUAGGACUGAUCCUGGGUCUGAUCUUGUUUCUGGCUGGAGUCAUCUACAGGAGGAAGAGUGGAGAUACAUCUUUGGCUUGCAGGUUCAGUGAGAAACAGGCAGAGGACUGGAGCAAAGAUGCUGCAGCUCUGAGCUUGUGGAGACCUCAGAAGGAGAUGUUCUUCAAACCCGGCUCUGAGCUCUGCUUCACAAAUGUUCUGCCUAAGUCAGUGAUGCCAUUGGUCAGGCUUCACUCGAUGCCACCCUCUGGUGGUCGUCAUCCUGCCUUGGCGCUCUGCAGAGUCUACGACUUCUUCCCCAAGCAGGCCAAAACCAGGACUGAUGCUGGUUCCCAGUAGUUGAUCCUGAUUGUGGACCUGGAGCUGGAUCUGCUUCUGUCUGAUAGCUGGGAGCAAAAGCAGCAGCAGCUGGCAGCUCUGUGUUUGAUCCAGGCUGUUAGAGUCAGGCUGAAUGUGGACCAAGAUGUGUCUGCUGGAGCCUCAGUGGUGGAGUCAUCAUAUGUGUGUGCAGAGUGUUCUCAGAGUCUUUACAGCUGUCUGACAGCAGGAACUGCUCAGGCCCAACCAGGUGAGCUGCUUCCAGGAUGGACCAGAGCUGGAGGACAGCGAGGUUGGAGGAGGCGGAGCUCUGUGGGUGUUUAUCUUUGUGUGUGACUUUCCAGCGUUAUCAAACACACACACACACACACACACACACACACACACACACACACACACACACACACACACACACAGGUUUAAAGAUGAAACCACACUCUGAUGAAACCACACUCUGAUGAAACCACACUCUGAGAAUCACACUGUCAGCUAUUUGUUGUAUUUUCACUUCCUGAUUCUUUUCUCAAUAAAGCAGUUUCCACAGUCA